UCCACACUUCCUAGUUUUUGGUGUGUCAACAGUUUGCGACCAAAUUCCGACUUCAUUACAGAAGUGCAUAUGUUAACUUUUUCCUUUUUUUAAACUCCACAACCAAAGACAACUAUGGCGAACUUAAGUUUUGUCAUUCCUAUGUCAGUUAUGACUCUGUUUUGGGGGAUUAUUGGUGGAGUUGUGCCUUGGUUUAUCCCCAAAGGACCGAACAGAGGAGUAAUAGUUACCAUGUUGGUGUUAACUGCUGUUUGCUGUUACCUAUUCUGGCUUAUAGCUAUCCUGGCCCAGCUUAACCCUCUGUUUGGACCCGCUUUGAAGAACGACACCAUCUGGUACAUGUACUAUCACUCCUCCUAGUCAACCAGUCUUCAGCCCCAGCUCUGGGCUCCUCUCACACAGGAGAGGAGCUGACUCUGCUGCACACCAAUGGAGCAUCACCUCCUAACAAAGGGAACUUGUCCUCAUCAAUCUGAAGCCUUAACUCAGCCAUGGCACCUUAAUGACAGUGGUUAGAUGCCUGCAAAAGGGUUUUGUACAAACGAAUCCCAAAAUGACUGAAGAUGAUCUUCUGAGAUGCUUUAUAAAAAAGAAAGUUUUGGUUCAUCCUUUUAUUGUAUCUUCUGUAUACUGUGCUUUGGGAAUGUUUCCUCUAACAUUGAUGUAACGGUCUUGCAAAAGCAGGGUCAAUUCACUCAUUAAAUUAGUGUAUGUAUGGUUGCCAUUA